GGCUGUUAUUGAUGAGUGUAUUACCCUUUCUGCGGAAGAAACGGUAAUGUAGGGAAAAGCUCAGCAAAAAUUUAUGUAGUGCUCGAUCACUACAUGUUUGAGAUGAGUCAAACGAGAUGCUAGCCGAGCUUCGUUUGGGCCCUCAACAAUACCAAAUGCAUCCUAUCUACAGCGGAAAAGAUCGAACCAGCCUUGCUAUUGGCUUUCCUCAAGCUUGGGUGGGAGGGCCUGGCAAACUUUCCCCCACAUUGGGACGGAUGCGAGGCCAACCGUACUUCAGCAUUAUUGAUCCCUGCGCAAGUCAAUUAGCCACCCAAUUUUCUAUGCUUCAUAAUAGCUGCGUUUGCCAACCCACGACUUUCACUGAAGAAAAAGCUUUCCGUUGUCUUACCUAUUCCAAUAUCUUAUUCAUUACGGUUGGAAUGUUAUAUUUGACCUCUGGUUCUGCGUCUUUGUGGCUAAUAUAAAGUAGGGCUUUAUUUCAUACUUUCUCCGUCGCGAU